AUGCUCCUCCUCACACUCGCACGCAUCCUCGCCCUCACCAACGCACUCCCGCACACCUCCGUCCCCGAGUGGAGUCGCAUCGACAACAACACUACAGGAACGACACUCGCUCUACCCAGUGCGCUUUCACCCGCGCCCGAAACCAUCACACCGCCCGCCCUCGACGCCACAAACAAGCAAAACACCGCACCAUCCACCAGCACCAGCGACGCCAGUCCCACGCCCUCCCCCGCGCACCUUCCCCUCCCCACCUCCCUCGCACGGAACGAACACACCGCCCCGCCCACCUGCCCCUGGUGCACAACCCCAACCACCCUCCUACUAAUCGCCUAUGACCUCUCCACGCUCGCCAUUCUCCUGUAUCUCUGGCUCUUCGGAUACCUCUGGUGGAUGCGUAGUCAGCGCUCAAUUAACAACGCGCCGCCGCCGUACGGUGAGGUGGAGGGUUUGCGCCGUGUGGAUAUGCGGAUGUGGGAGGGUGUGGAUGCUGGGGUUGUGGGGAGUGCGAGUCUGGAACGGAGGAGGGGUGAGAUUGAGGGGGAGAUGAGGAGGUUGGGCAUGAUUUGA